CUCCCACUCCCACUCCCACUCCCUCCCACUCCACUCCACUCUAUCCAUCCCUCCUCUUCUUCUACUACUCCUCCCACUCUUAAACUUCCAACUUACACUUACUCAACUUCUUUUAUCGUGUUACUCACUGUAUUCUGUAUUUUAAAUUGUCCAAUGCUCCUCCCCGUCACCACUUAAAAUCCAAUCAAUCAAGUCCAAUCCCCCAACUAUCCCGCCGCCUCUAGACUUUCGCAAUUACCAAAAUACUCCAUUACGACAACACUACCUACUACCCAUACUACAAACUACACUACCAACCGCCUCUACCAACUCCCACGUACCGAAGCACCUCCCACCGCCGUCCUAAAUUUAUUGAACCCCGUCCCCGCCGCCCGGACUCGGAAAUCCUUCCCAUCAACCCCGUCCCCCGUUCCCCCCAUCCAUCCCCAUCCACCAUCACUCUCCUCUCGAAUUUGGGGGUCAGCCGAAUCUCACAACCACAACCCCAAAGUACCACAAGCCACACCAAUCGCAAAAAGAAAGCAGAAACAUCCAUCCAUCCCCAUCAACCUCUCUCCAACAAUCCUCCCACAAACCCACACCCAUAUCCUUAUCGCCUCCCCCCUCUCACCUAAAAAAAAAAGGUAUACAACAAUACACACAACACACACGCACAUACUCUCCAGCCUUCCCUCCAUCGACAAACCAAGACAUCCAACAUUGGGCGCGCAGCCCCCGUCUCCCCGACCCCGAGAGCAUCAGCAACCCCCAUCGCCUCUGCGGGCGCUCCGUCUCGCCCACGGGCCUCUGCCAUGGCCUCGACGCAAUAUGGCGAGCGUGGGGGAUUCGCAGACCAGCAGCACGAUCUAUACGACUUCAGUGGCGCCGCUCACCCAUCCGCCGCCACCACGACCACGGCUUCUUCCAACGCCCACGCAACGACGCAGCACGAUUACCGCUUCCCCCGUAGGCCGCCGGGUGGCCGGCAGAAUCUCCAGCAGAUCCCGCCGCAUCAGCAGUACCGCGAUACGUAUGACGACUCGUAUGAUGAGACCGUAGACGAUAGCAUUACCAGCGAGCGGCGUGAUUUCGCAACGACGACGACGACGACGCCACCGCCUGGGACGGCGCGCAAGGAGAUGCUGCGCGAGACGAUAUUCCCGACGUGGAAGGACGGCGCGAGUGGCGCGGCGGAGCUGGAUAGCCCGGAUGAGAUGCAGCGCAGGGAUCCGCUCGCGACGCAGAUAUGGAGACUGUAUAGCAAGACGAAGAAGCAGUUGCCGAAUCAGGAGCGCAUGGAGAAUUUGACGUGGCGCAUGAUGGCUAUGAGUUUGAGGAAGAGGAGGCAGGAGGAGGAGGCUGCGGCUGCUCGUGAGGAGGAGGAACAGCGUAAUGCGAGUGCGCCGAGUGGCAUUGCGCAACUGCGCAAUUCGAUGCACCAGGGCGAUGAGAGCCCGGAUAAUAUGAGUAUCGACGAGUUCAUCUUCUCCAACAUGGCGUCGCCUACGGACAUGUCGCCGCCGGACUUGAGGGAUAACAGACAGCCGAGUGCAGUCGCCUCGGCCAUACCGAUUAAGAUGCGCAAGGAGCCUGUGACGGCGUUUGCUCCGCAGUCGGUUCCGGUGACGCAGCACCAGGACGAGUUUAGUUAUGUGCAGCGCCAUGUCAGGAAGACGAGCAUUGAUGAGCGUCGGCCUCGCAAGAGACCUGCCGAUUUCUCGCCUCAUGUACCGCCGAUUGGAAUCACGAUACCGAACCACUCGGAGAUGGAUGCGGAUCUCAAUGAAUACUCACUUAACGACCAAUACGGGAUGCUGAACCAGCAUAGCCACCACCACAGCGUUCCUUUUAACCUCGACACGUACAACCUCGAUCAGGAGCAGAUUAUGAACUCUGCGGGUCAAUACCAGCAGAACUACGGCUUCUCGCCGUCUCAGUCGCCAUUGGUGCCGUAUGGGGCUUUCCCAAACAUGUACAAUAAUGCCUCAAUGGGCCCGUCAUCGCUCAACUCCAACGACUUCUAUUCUCCGCCGGCCUCUAACUAUCCGUCUGCCGGAUCGACUCCGCAAGUUGGAAAUGAGGGGGACAGGCAGAUGUAUUUCAACCAGGGAAUGGAUAUGCGCCAGCAGCAGAGGCCGCAGAACUUCAGGCGUAACCCGUCGAACCUCUCUAACUCGCUGGGACCGCAGUAUAUGUACAACCAGAACGGCAAUGCCAUGUACUCGUCUUCGUACACCGGCUCAGGGGCGUUUGGCAUGCAGCAGCAUAUCGACCCUUCGCAGGUCUUCCAGCAUGAUAACAUGCAAUCCCCUGGUGUUACUAUGGGCACUCAGGACAGCUCGUAUAACCUCGACGUUGAUUCUGACGGAGAGGAGACUGAGGGCACGGCGUUCGCUGAUCGCACUCUGAUGAACUCCAACGAUUACUCGCUUUCUCCCAUGGAGGAUGCCAACAUGGGACUCGCAUGGGACGCAACAUUACCCGGACAGUUCAACACGCAAGCUGCUCGGUACCCCGGCGGACCUCCCCGGAAACAAGUCACCAUAGGCGGCACCACCAGCGAGAUCUCCCCCCUUGACUGGGACGACAGCGGUGGUUCCCUGGGUAGAUCGCACACCCACGCCUCCAGCGCUUCCAUCUCCGACUACCGCCGUAAUGGCAGCGACCGGCGCCAGAAAAUCCCCCGCACGGCCUCAACCCCCAACGUUCCGGCGGCACAACAAACUAUCUUCGACGGCCAAACCGCACAAUCCACGCCUAACAGCCCGCCGGAUAUGACAGGCAACAUGAGCGGCUUCAGCUCCGUCGCGCCUAGUCGACCCAGCAGCCCCGCUCCAAAGGGAUCGAGUACUAACCUCUCCGCGGCCGGCGGGCCCGCUGACCCUGGGGUACCUACAACAUGCACCAACUGCUUCACGCAGACCACCCCCCUCUGGCGGCGCAACCCCGAAGGCCACCCCCUCUGCAACGCCUGCGGUCUCUUCCUCAAGCUCCACGGCGUCGUGCGCCCCCUCUCCCUAAAAACCGACGUCAUCAAGAAGCGCAACCGCGGCUCCGGCGCCACCACCACCGCCGUCCCGCUCAUCAGCUCCACCUCCACGCGCAACGUCAAGAAGAUCGGCAGCGCGGGACCUAGUAGUGGCGCGAACACCAACGGGACGAACACGCGCAAGAACUCGUCUGCUGCUAUCACCCAUCUCGCGUCCGCGGGCGCGAGCCCGAAUGCACCGCUCGACUCGGAGAGUCCGCAGAGUGUGGCGGGGGCGCAGGGGAGCAAUAGCACGGCGGGGAGCACGCCGACGAGUUAUCAUGGGAGUACAACUAGUUCGUCGGGGGUGAAGGGGGUGGUGCCUAUUGCGGCGGCGCCGCCGAAGAGUACGCCUGGCUUGGGCGCUGGGGCUGGGGGUGUGGGUGUGCCGAGGGUAGUUGCCGUUGCUGUCCCGCCGAAGCGGCAGAGGAGGCAUAGUAAGAGUGCCUCUGCUGCCGAUGGCGGGGGGGGGAUGGAUGUCGAUGAUCGCAACACCAUGUCUGCUGUGGGGAUGUCGUCACUCUCUUCCGCUGAGAAAGGUGCAGGUGCAGGAGGGAUGGUCAGAGGACCGCUCCAGGGGGCGAUGGGGAUGGGACAGGCUGGGUUGGGGAUGUUGGGGAGUAGUGUUGCUGGGAUGGGGGUGGGGAUUAGUGGUGGUGCGGGGGCGUUUGGUGGAGGGCAGAGGCCCGGUGGUGGGGUGGGAGGGAUGGGACAGGCUGCUUUGGGGGGGAUGGGACAGGGGGCUCCGGGGGGGCAGGGGACGAGUGCUAGGAGUCAGGAGUGGGAGUGGCUUACUAUGUCUCUGUGAUCUGAAGACACCGCGGAGGGUUUGGUUUUCAUGACGUGACGUCCCUGUCAUAGGGGGGGGGGAUACGUUAGGCUUGAACGACGAUGGCUGGCGCGCACAUGGCUUUUUUUUUAUGUGCUUAAUACACAUCAUCAUCGACGAAUGAAAGGAAAGGGAGGGAGGGGAUCUGGUUAUCCGCGCUAUACGAAAGCUGGCGCGACAUACAUGCAUCAUCACGGCUGGAUAAUCCUGGUUGGCUGGGUGGACUCUUUUUGGUGUCACUGCAUCCCGGAAGGCGCAGUGUAUGAUGUCUGCUCCAUGGUCCGUCCGACUUUUCUGCUUUUUUUUUAUCACGACGAAACACACCAAGCUUUUACUCAUCUUGUUUUUCUUGCUUUUUUAUUAGACCGUGGAGUUUUUGUUAGACGAGGGAAACGGAUCUUUUGCUUUUUGGAUUUUUUUGGUGGUGGUAUGGACGGGAGGCGGGGGGAUUGAUCUUUUUUUUAGCUUUUUUGUUGUUGUUGUUGUUCGAUGUUUUGUUGUCUGUAGUUGUUUGUUGGUUCUUGUCGAAGCUGGCUGGGGUUUUUGUUUUGCGCGGGGGGUUGGGGUGGAAGGAGUUUGUUG